AUGGCCCAGAAGCCAACCCCAAUGCCAGCCCUGACUGCCCAUGCCAAACCCGAGGAGAGCCGGGGCAAUGGCUGGAUGCAACCAGCGCCUCGAGAGACCUCUCCUGGCCACGUCGGCCUGAGCAUGGCAAAUUGGCUUUGUGACCCCCCAGCUGCUCCUUCUGCUGAUGCUUUCCUGCAGCCCUGGAAUCAGCCUGGCUUUUGCAAACCACUCGCAGAGCCCCGCUUUGGACGGGUUUUUGGGGUGGAGGGACACAGGGCAGCCAAUGCACGGGAGCCCGCUCACUGCGGACGGCUGCAAGGUGAUGCCGGCUCCUCUCCCACCCAGAUCCUCAACAUGGAAGACGACCAGAACUGGUACAAGGCCGAGCUGUACGGCUCCGAAGGCUUCGUCCCCAAGAACUACAUCAAGGUCAAGCCUCACCCGUGGUACGCGGGCAGGAUCUCGCGGCACCUGGCGGAGGAGCUGCUCCUCAAGCGCAAGCACCUGGGAGCCUUCCUCAUCCGCGAGAGCGAGAGCGCCCCGGGCGAGUUCUCCAUCUCCGUCAAGUAAGCGGGACGCGGAUGGC